AUGAUGAACAGGCUACACGGGCAGCCUAAUAGCUAUGACAAGAAAUCGAAAUAUAGCUUUGGAAGAACACUUGGCGCGGGCACUUAUGGCAUAGUCCGCGAAGCAGACUGUCCCGACGGCAAGGUCGCGGUGAAGAUCAUCUUGAAAAAGAAUGUCCGUGGCAACGAGCAAAUGGUGUACGAUGAACUGGAGAUGCUGCAAAGAAUGAAGCAUCCGCAUAUCGUUCGGUUUGUGGACUGGUUCGAGUCUCGGGACAAGUACUACAUCGUUACUCAACUAGCGACUGGGGGCGAGUUGUUCGAUCGCAUUUGCGACCAAGGCAAAUACACCGAGAAGGAUGCCGCGGAGACGAUUCGCCAGGUGCUCGAUGCGGUCAAUUAUCUUCACAAAAAUAACGUUGUCCACAGGGACCUCAAACCCGAAAACCUUCUCUAUCUAACCAAAGAUCCAAUGUCAACGCUCGUACUUGCUGACUUCGGUAUUGCCAAGAUGCUCGACUCGAAAGACGAGGUCUUGACCACGAUGGCUGGUUCAUUCGGCUACGCCGCUCCGGAAGUUAUGCUAAAGAAAGGUCACGGCAAACCCGUCGAUAUCUGGUCAAUGGGAGUCAUCACAUAUACACUACUAUGUGGUUAUUCUCCAUUCCGUAGCGAGAGCCUUGCGGAUCUCAUUGAAGAAUGCAAAAAUGGGAGGGUUGUGUUUCACGAGCGAUACUGGAAAGAUGUUAGCAAGGACGCAAAAGACUUCAUUAACUCAAUGCUUAACCCGGACCCCGCGAAACGUGUCACAAGCGAGCAAGCUCUAAAGCAUAUCUGGCUCACAGCUAAGACCGCUGGUGACCGUAACUUGUUGCCUGAAAUCCAAGCAUACGUCGCAAAGGCUCGGCUCAAACGUGGUAUCGAGAUUGUCAAGCUGGCCAAUCGUAUCGAAGCUUUGAAGAUGCAAGAAGACGAUGAAGGAGAAGCCCCUGGAGAGGCAGAUGUUCCGGCCAACGCGCGACAAGCGGCAGGGGAAGCGGUUGCAACACAUGUAGCCGGGUCUUCUUCGAAACCUGGUUUGUCGACUUCAGAUGAACCAGCGAAGAAAAGCUUAAGCAAAGCUGCUAAGAGCGCCAUUUUCCGGGAAGUCGUUUUAGCAAAGGUUCGAGAGAUGAAGGCAAAUGAGGAUAAGGAGAAGUUCGAGAAGACGGCCACAAUGAAAAAGUGA